AUAAAUCAUAGGUAGGAGUAUUAUUCGGCCGACAGAAGAACGUUUUCUGCGUGGUUCUCUCGCCGCGGCUAUGGCUGCUAUUUUGCAUAAUAAUGAGGUAAACUGAUACCUCCAAUUUUAGUUAUGAUCCUAGCUGUUUAUUGCAACAAACAACUUUUACCAUGGAAAAAAUAUGCUAUUUUUUCCGGAUAAUAAGUAUUUAUCCCAAAAGAUUCGACUUUUUCAUUUUUUAUUUUUUUUUACAUUUGAUGGUACUUCUAUGUAAUUCUCAAAGUAUGGAAUUGUUACAUCUUUUUAUCACAUGAGCAUAGUAAUCUUCUAUUUUUGUAAUGUGCCGACAAGAUGUCACUUCGGACUUUUCGGUCGCGGCUAACUGCAAAAGGUUUUAAUCGCCUCAUAAUUUUUCUUACGACCACAACAAGAUCUAAAAAAAGGAAAAAAAUGACUUAAAACAAUAUCAGAAUCAAAUGUGUUAAUUGCUUUAUCGAGCAUCGUGCUUGUUAUUGCGUAUUUAAGUUUGAACACUGAGAAAGAAAAAGCACAUUUACUCUGUCAGUAACGAUAACACAGGAAAACCUGUCGUCAUUCGUGAUACCAGACGUUUAAACUCAAGUCACGUAUUGGGUUGUGUUUAGUGCCGAGUCAGAUGUUUAUAAAAGUACUUAGAACAAAGCGCUUUUUUGCCGCAACUAAUAAUAACGUCUGAAGUUAUUUUAAUGAACUGAAAAGCAGCGAGUGUAGUUUGUAAAAAAAGACAAAAGACGAUUUUUUAAUGAAAUAAUCAGAAAACAUAAAUGCCAUUUGAACUGUGUAUGUUUAUAAGUAUUUUAAACUGAAAAAAAGUGUGCGGCUCAUUGGCUUAAUGAAAUGUCGUUGCUAUUUUAAAAUUUGUUUUGAUUGCUUGCCAUUUUAUGCCUAUUCUUAUUUGCACACUUUCUUCGUUUUAUUGAGCAGAUGGCUUUAUUUUAAUAUUAUCCAGCAUUUUAAGACUUUUUUACCUACACCAUACUAUGAAAUAUUCCUUAUUGGAAGCUAAAUUAAUUUGCCCAUCUUCCAUUCUCGUCACGUAGCGUAAUUUCUUGAAAAAUUAUCUUUGUCAUAAUCAUAAGUUUUCUUUUUUUGCGUUCGGGUUGAUCAAUAGUAUUUUCUAACAAUAGUCCUCGAGAGCAUCGAAUAGCCUUAUCACUACAUUUGCAGUAUUGAAAUACCUUAACUACUAUAAAACUUUAAUGGCUUCGAUGACUUUCACACAUUUCUUUGAUGGCUGCUGCAUUUCGUAUUACAUAUAGCUAAUUUUACUUUCCAUUGUUACCUACCCUUAGUGAUAUUACUUUUUUUAUUACUUUUUUCUUACAUUCAUCAUUGAAGUCCUUGUUCAUUACAUUUCUCAAACACUUGACAUGGUUCCUUUAUAAAAUUUGCUUUUUUUACAUUUUUAAGAAGACAAAAUUAACUUUUGUUAUUUUCGUCUCAUCUUCUUUGUCUGCACUCUUGUCUUAGAUGAUAUACUUUUUUAAAUUUAAGUUUGAUAGUGCGUCUUGCUUUAAAUUUGAGUUGAUUAAUACAGCUGGUUGAGCUCUUAAAAUAUCAUUUUAUGUCUUUUAUAUCGUAUCAGAUUCCUACGAAACAUUUUAUUUUCUCAUCGAUUCAUCCCACUAAAUACUCUACCUCUAAUCCCUGUGUACCGUAACAUUAGGUUACUUAGCCUAGCUUACUGUUCUUCGUCUUUGUAAUAUUUUUGUGUGGCUUCUAUCAAUUAAUCCCCCUUUUCACGGCGCCCAGCUCGAAGCCUGAUUAUUUAACCGUAUAACCUUUGUACUGGCUUGGUAAUAAGCCGUUUACGGGCGCCUACAAAUGAAGGCAUUGUGGGAGGGUAAGUGUCGCCGUGAAUUAUUAAACAGAGACGUGCGCCAUUUCUAAAUAGGAUUUCACUCAAUGCAGCCUUACCCAGAUGGGUAACAAAGACUGUUUAGAACACAGUACUGAUGAUUAUUAUGUAAAAUGUGCGUAGGCUUUGAAUUAGCCAAAUUAAUCGGUGUGCGACUGCCGAUCACAGCUUAGCAAUGGGAGUGAUCUUUAGUAUGAAGGGUCUAGUUGGGGCUAUUCUGUUUCUAAAUGUGUCAGAAAUUACUUUUGAAUGGCAAGCGUCAAACUGGUGUAUUUUCUCCUGUGAAUAGAUCGCUAUGAAUAUUUGAUAACACUUACAGCUCUUUUGUUCCUAACCAUAUUAUAAGAAGGUUUGAUCCGAGUCUUGAGUUAUCUUGUAAUCGUGCUUGUCAACAGUACAAAGUUCUACGGCUGCCCACUUCGCGACACACGGUGUAAUACACUCUGUUACUUUACUUCCUGAGCAAUCACGUAAUACACUCAAGCAAAAUGUCUUCCGGAAGCCAUAUAAAACGCCCAAUGAACGCUUUUAUGAUUUGGUCUAGUAAGAAGAGAAGACAGCUGGCUGCGGAAAACCCCAAGCUCCAUAACUCCCAGAUUAGCAAAAUGCUCGGCACAGAGUGGCGCAAACUCACAGUUGAAGAGAAACAAAAGUUUUUCGCGGAGGCCAAACUUCUGAACGAGCUUCACAUGAUCGAGCAUCCAGACUACAAGUACAGACCAAGACGAAGAGUUAAGAAACGCUCGCUUAGUCGAACAACUGGGUACUCGUGUUAUUGUCACAGCCCUGGCGAGGAGGAGAAAGAGACCGCUUGGCAGGAUAGAGAAAGCCGAGCCGAGAGCUCAAAGGACGAAGGCAGCAAGAGGAAUACCAAACAGGGCACCGGACUAGAGAACGCUGAGAAGCCCCGGAUUGUUAACAGGUACAGUGAACCCGGAAGGGUCAAACCCCGAGACACGCGUCUAUGUCGUGCGGAUGUAUCUACCAGAUCUCCGAGUCCAAACGGAAGCAGCGAUUACGGACCUAAGCAAACCAUGGAGGUAUUCCGUUCAAACUACGAACGCUUUCGUGUACUUGCAUCACCGUCCAGGUAUCCCACACUCAUGGUCGCUAGUUCGACCUUCUGGCCACCAUCUUACAGCUUCAAGGAUGAGGAAUGCCCGGUUUGUCCCUGCUGUAGACCGGGGAGCCCUCCCAACGAUCCCACUAAAUCAGCAAAAGGAGAAAACGUGCACUUACCCUCCAUGGUAGACCCUAGUAGGAUCCAAUACUUCAGAGGAGUGAACUGGUAAAGAGCAUACGAACAUCCUUGGCCCUUGAAAGGCACAAGAACAAUACGAGAGGGUUGACUUAGUGAACGAGAGAUGGUGGUUUGGCGUGACGCGAUUCAUUCCAUAUAAAGUAGUAGACCAUAAACAAGACCAGUACAAAUGUAAUUUGGAUGUUCAGAUAGCAUUUUAUUUCUGACAAUUGGUCUUUCCUAGUUAGCAUAAAUGUUUUAUAGAUUUAUGAAGUCCAUUUUCCUCGAUUUUGACCGAAAAUGCGUCUGUCAUCUUUGUUUCAACGCCCAUAGCCCAUCUACCUCUUACUUCUCGCCUCUCAAAGUUACUGUAAAUAGUCAAGUUUUAUUAUUGAACCCUGUAAAUAUAUGAUAUUGUUGAUUAUACUAAAAAAAUAUUUGGCUAUUGGUGAGAUCGUUUUCUUUUUUAAUAAACUUUGAAAUACAUAUUUGUUGUGAGGUGUAAUGUUUUAUAUUAUUUAGUAAGAGCCGUAGCAGGCUAUGUAAGAUUGGUGGUUAGACAUGACGGAGGAUUGCGUUACAU